CGGGGCGUGGUCGCUGAUCUGCAUACGUGCAAACAUUUAAAUGUGUAGACACUGCUGCUGGCAUUAGCUGGAUGUUCACUGACACAGCAAAGUACUGUCUGCAGCUCUGCUUUGUACGAAAACGGUUGUUUUGCUGAGUGGUAAUUGCAAGAUAUGUGUACAUCUUGAGGAGGAGGGAAUCAGCUUUUCUCGUCAUACACAGGCUAAAAUGCUCCCGGACGCAUUUGGGUGCGCUGUGGCGAACAGGUAUGGGGAUCUUCUGGAUGACGAUGCUGACCCCUUCGACUUAAUAACUAAAGCAGAAAUCGAGAAGGCCAAAAAGAAAAAGAAGGACAACGAGGAGAAGAAAGCCAAGCCGAAAAAACCUGGGCAGAAGGAGUCCCAGAAGGACAGACGCGUCCCUGUUGCUCCGGAGGGCCCCGACCCGGCUCCAGUCCGUAAGCAGCCGCUCCAGCAGCAGCAGCAGCAGCAGCAACAGCCCCCACAGCAAGGACGUCCUGGACCAGUAACUGAGAGUGGGUAUGGUCGAGGGGAGUCCCAGAGGAACACAAAGAGGCCUGCUUUUGGGGAGCGCAGGGCCAACCAAGACGAGUACCCACAGGAUUUUUCCAUCCCUAAGCCUUACUAUAAUACAGAGUCCGAUCAAGGGGGCAGAGGGGGCUUCAGAGGUAGAAGAGAAGGGAGAGGUGGAGGGUUUGCGAGGAUCUCCGAGAACUUCAACCCGAGGGGCAAGAGAGGUUAUGAUCGACACAGCGGAACAGGUAUCUCUCCUGAGGAAAAGCGAGGAGGCAGAGGACCCUGGAACUGGGGCAGUGCUGAAGAAAAUACAGGUGAAUUAAUGGAGGUUACCCCUGAUGCUUUGACCAAAUCUGAGGAUAAGAUUCCUGCUGAGGAUGAUAAUCAGUAUCGCACAGAAGAGGAUGGAGAGAUGGUGGUCCAUGUUGCCGUGGAGAUGACCCUGGACGAGUGGAAGGCGCUGCAGGCGACAAGUCGUCCCAAGGCAGACUUUAAUAUCCGCAAAGCAGAGGACCAGAUUCCCACCAAAGCCAAGGUCAUCCACAAGUCAAAGAAGGUGGAGAUCAUAAAGGAGGGGAUCCUUGAAGAAGUGGAGGAUGACAGCCACUUCCUGCGUAGGUCCGUGAAUGACAUCACCUCCCUUCUGGAUAUCAAUUUCGGGAGUCUUGGACGUCCCAGUCGUGGGGGUCGAGGAAGGGGAGCACGAGGUGGUCCGGCUACUCGCCCAGAGAGAGCUAAACCCGUGUUUGAGAGGGAGGAGGACCCGGCUCCUAACCCCGAUGACCCAGAAGACUUCCCAGCACUGUGUGCAGGAAAAUAACUGAGUUCAAUUCUCCUGUGGGGAAUAGUGGUUGCACUUAACAAUGUUAAAAACACAAACAUUUAAUGUCUCUACUGUUCUUAAGGUUGGGGUUUUAUUGUACUUGAUUAAUUUUGUUCUGUUGCACUGUUCGGCAUUUGGAGAAUAAAUGCUUUUGCAAGUUUAUCUUGGAGCUGCUUUUUAUUUUAGAAUGCCACGCUGGGAUUACUUGAAAUGUGAGGUUUGGAUAAAUGGACCUGUGAUGUCUUUUGUAAAAUCAGCUUAACAGAAUAGUGUUACUAUGACUUGGCGUUAAAAAAAAAACACAAUUGUUUUAAAAUUAAAUUGGAGAACAGAUUAAAUUGAGAAACAACAAUCAACUUGAAACUGUUUAAUGCAUCUUGUUAUAAUAAGCAUUUGCUACAAAGACUAAAAGCCAGUACAGUUAAAUUUGAAAAGUCUGAUUCUAUAGUAUGUGCUUUAAGCUAAUGUUCUCAGUGGAUUAUGAACAUGAGUUGGACAAAGCCCCGUUAGGACCAUACAAUUAUUUCAUAGCAUGAUUUAAACAUAGUACAAAAUAGUUAAAAAAUACAAACUGAGUAUAUCAAAUUGACAGUCUUAUUU